AUGAAGGUUAAAGUCAAUAAAGUAGUCUUCAAAGAAACCGGUAAGGCCGUCAAACAUAUUUCAUUAUUCAAUGAUGGUAAUUUGGAAGAGAAUAUACGUUUGAUUGAUAAAAGGGAUCAGGAAAUUGAAACGAAAAAUGAUGAAGAUUUACAGAAAAAAUGGAAAAGACAGAAAGAAAUAAAGAGUAAUUAUUUACAACAUAUUAAUUUCACGUGUUCCUACCAACACGAAUCCUCUAGUUUGGCUGCAUGGGGAAAUUCUUCCAAUCUUCCCGCGAAUUUGAGAAAGAUUGCCGACGUAGAUAUCGCUAAAUACACCCAAGACAAUUGGGAGGAAUUGAGACAAGAAUGGGAACCUUACGCCAAGAGAGACACUCUCUGUUUGGGAGCUUGUUUGAUAAAAUACAACCAAGUCAUGAAAGAAGUUGUAAACCAGAAUAUGUCCAAUAAUCUAACGGCUCCAUCUUUAUCUUUAAAGGGUUGGUAUUAUUUAUAUCAUUACGAUAAAGAAAUGGUUGAAGAAGAAUGGUAUGAAACUACUAGAAUGGUUGCGAAACAUACCGAAAAAGAAAAUAUAGAAAAAGUUUAUUCGCACACUAAUCCUUUUCUAAGAAGUUUUAUCAGACGAUCUAUUAAAGGAGGAAGAGUUUCGGCAAAUAGAAAAUCAUUUGAAACGAACAAAAUGGAUGAAAUUUGUAACGUAUUAUAG